AUGAUGAAUCCUAAAAGAUCGUCACAUACUGCACCAAAAACAAAUGCUAGACACAAUGGAAAAGUAAAAGAAAUACUACAAUCAGUUAAAUACAAGCAGAAAUUCGAGCCAAAAGUUGAGGAGCCCGACGUAUUUAAUGUUCCAGUUAUUAGGCAAAAUGAAAAUUGCAACCUACUACCGAAAUACACGUCAAUUUUGGCAAAGUCUGGAGAAGAUGGUAUAUCAAUGGUGGAUCUAGACAUGUUGCAGCAAGAUUUAGAGAAGCUUCUGUCAACUAGCGCUGUUCGAAUUAGAUACUUACUUGCUGAAAUAGGGGAAAUCGACAAAAAUUGUGAGAGUCCUGAAAAAAAGACACAAGUGAAAACUACUAUUAAACGAAAACAUAUAGAUGAAAAACCUAAGUUUAAGGAUUUUAAGGUUACCUACCAAGAACAAUUCUGACAAAUUUUGGGCUUCCAUUGAACCUUUUUGUGCAUCUGUCACUAAGGAUGAUAUGUCAUUUUUAGAAUCACUCAUUCAAGAAUACUCUCGACCAGUUGAUUGUAAAAUUCCGGAUACAGAUGAACAUUAUUCUAAUUCUUGGUCAGACGAUAGCAUUAGUGAGGAUUCAAAUCCAGCAAAGAGAAAGAAUUCUGUCACAAAUGGAAUUAGGAAAAAUGGAUUACAGUCACUGGUUGAAACAUUUUCUAUAUCUCCAACACAAAAGCUAUUAGCCCAAUUACUGGAAGAGAGGGUUCCACAUUAUCCAAGAAACGGACUAAAUGGUAUUAAAAUGAACCAGUUAAAAGAUGUGUCAAAAUUAAAGACUACAGCAAGUGCUCAAAAAUAUGGUACCUGUUUGGAUAGACGAUUAAAAAAGGAACUAUUGGAACAGGGUAUUUUAACUGUAGAAGAUUUGACAAGAAGCGAACCUGAAGAUGAAGUUCUAAGUGAAAUUAAGAAAUGUCGGCAAGAAUUAGUUGCUGUCAACGAAUUUAAUUUAGCCGAACUAAACAGACUCAAGCAGGCGACUUUGAAUGACUUACAUUGUAAUGAACUGAAACUUCAUUUAGAAAAAUUGGACAAACAUGUAUUAGACUUAUAUAACAAAAUAAUCGUAACACGAAAAACCGCUCAGCAAGAAGAAGGUGAUGAUUUUGAUAAAGAUGUAUUUUGCGAGCAAAUGUCGAAAGAGUACGAAAAUGAGGUCGAUGAGUUAAUCACACAACAAUUAGAGCUUAAUCGAUGUGCAGAUGAUUUAUUUUCAUCUACGCAGAGAAUUUACUGA